AUGGCAUUGAAUCUCUUUCGGUCCAGUUCAUUAACUACGAAUAAUCGUCAGUUAAUAAUCGCAUUAAUUAAUAUUCGUACACAUUACACCAAAACACCUAAUCAUCAUACAAAAGAGAAGUGGCGACCGUUUCGACGAGAAAAAAUUCUUGAUAUUGACCUACCGGAUUUUGAUAAAGACCGAAAAUUACGUACAUAUACAUUACAAGAACAAAGAGAAUAUUUUAAACGUGAAGGCAUCCCUCCUGUUCGUGGUGCUGAAUAUAAACCACUUUUCAUCGAUGCGUCAACGGAAGCAUUUGAAGCCUAUGUACCACCUGAAGGAGAUGGGAAAGCAUCAUUAAUGUCUAAAGAUAGAUUAAAUCAAUUUUAUACAUCAUUAAAAAAGAAUAUAACUACUAGAAAACAUUCGAGUACGAUUCGCAAACAUGAGCCUGAUUUUGAACCAUUGCUAUUUGCUGAAAUUGCUCAACAAAAAUAUAUCGAUGCACAUCAAGCACUAAUGGAUCGUGAUGAAGAACGUCUAAUUCAAUUAGUAACACCGGGAUCGUUUUCACAAAUGGGUCGAGGUCUUCGAUAUAAAACUUUACGUUGGAAAUGGGUUGACGAAAUCGAACCAUCUUAUGUUGUGUCAAUAAAAAGUGGAGAAAUUCUCAAAGGUAUGACUAUGGCACAAAUCACUGUACGAAUGCAUUCAAAACAAACUUGUGCAAUUUAUGAUCGAUUUGGUCGUUUAAUGUUUGGCAAUGAAACACUACCAAAAGAUGUACUUGAAUAUGUUGUUUUUGAACGUGUAUUAACAUUUUCUCAUAGUCAAUGGCGUGUUCAUUCGAAAAUAUUACCAUCAUGGUUACCACCGUCAGAUCCAUUAUUAUAUACAUUUGAGAAACCAGACAUAAAAUAUAUCGAUGAAGAUAUUCCAACAGAUGCAGUUGAAGAUGAAAAAAAACGAGAUCAAAUUGCUAAAGAACAAGAAACAACAACGAGAACAAUACCGGGACCAGGCGAAUUGAAAACACCAAUACCAAAUCUUAGCGAUAUAAGUCAACACAAUAGAAAAAGAACUAUUGGUUAUUCGUAA